ACAAUGCUGGAACAAAACACUAGCGGCUCUCUUGAUUGACCACCACCAGACUGGCUUAUUGUUAAAAUGGAUUUUUAAGUUUUUGAAACGCGACCUCUCUUAAUUAGAAGGUACUGUGUGGUAUAUGAUGGCUGAGGAUGAGACUGUGUUAAGAUUGUGGAGGUACUUGCAGAUAGUACUUUAUACCUGCCUUUUAAUCAAAGUCAGCAGGCCACACAUCGACAACCCGUUAUUAUAUGCUGCCAAGCAAUCAAAGUUCAACCAAUCCAAACACAGAGUGAAAUUACGAAGGUUAUCACUCAAGUCAUUACAUUGUAAGGCUGUGAAAGUUGUUGGUGGUGAGCCUGAUGUCAAUGCUGUUGUACUUAUAAAUAAAAAAAAGGCUGUAUCCCUUGGACUAAGGUGUGGUGAGUGGCAGAAUAUCUUAUGUCACUUUGAAGACACCACUAAGACUGACGUAUCUCCAGAUGUGGUAAAACAUGUACUAAGAAGAUGGAUUAUGAUUGUAGUGUGCCCAGAUAUAACAGAGGAUCAUUGCUUUGUCUCACCGUUACUCUACCACAAUUUACAACAAGGGAAUUGCAAUCGAGAUCCUGUGAUAGAAUUUGAGAAUAGUGCUGUUACAGUUCUCUCAGAUGCUGUUCAGAGAAUUUUGGCAUUGUGGAAGGAUGUACAUGAGACUAAAACUGUCACUGAGAAUAAAAACAACAUGCAGAAUUCUCCAGAUAUUGCCACGGAAGUGCAUGUACAACUUGUAGAAUCAACAUAUAAGUGUGGAAGUGAGGUGGAAUUACUCCUGAAAGAUUAUUUUAAAAUUCCCAAAGUAGUUGCAACAGGAGAUAUUUUAGUUGUACCAAUACCUAAUCAUCUUGGCCAUGAGUUUGUGAGUAAUACAUCCAUAAUACCUCCAAAGUAUGUCUUUAUUAAGAUAUCUGGUGCAAAAGUAAGGUGUGGCAGUGAGACCAAGCAGAGUGUUAUAGUGACAGAGGGAGUUACUAGCCUAUAUCUUGCUGGCACAACCCACUGUUGUCUACCUUCACUUAACCUAAACUUUGAUGACAGAGGCAAUGUUGAUGUUCCUCCUAUUUUAAAAAGGCCAUUUGAUAAGCUAAAAAAUAUACUUCAGAUGGAAAUGGAAGAGAGGAGACAGUGUUUAGACAAUAUCAUGCACAAUAGUGGAGUAGCUACACCCCAGAAAGGUAAUAAAAAGGACAAAGAUAAAUUGAGAAUAACUAGUGAUAUCUUACAUUCCAAGACUGAUACACCUUGCACAAAAGUUAAACAGUAUAACAAGAUACGAACACCUGAAGAAAAUUGUGGUAGUGUUGGCAGUGUUAGUCUUUUGUUACUGGGGCCUCCAGGUUGUGGCAGUGAACAAAUUAUCAAGCUUGCAGCAUCAGCUCUGGGUCUAGGAGUACACUGGACUAAUACUUGGCAUCUUAAAGGAGACACAAGCGGUGGAACAGAGGCAAGAUUACGUCAGGUCUUUCUAAGAGCCUCGGCACAAGGUCCCUGCGUUCUUGCUCUCCUGAAUGUGCAGUGUAUUGCUAAGGACCGUGAUGGUGGUAAAGAUGCCCGGGUGGUGUCAGCACUCAAGGAGGAGGUGGCAAAACUGUCACAGUUGAACCCACCAGUGCUCUUGGUAGCCACAGCUCCUGAUUGCUCCUCAGUUUCAGAUGAUCUGUGGAGUGUGUGGAGCUACCAGGAGAGUGUGCAAGUCCCAGACCUCUGCCAGCGCACCAAUAUGCUUGUCUGGCUACUCUCCAAGUGGCUGCCCUCAGUACAAACCCAGACUUUAGCCCAGCGUACUGCUGGUUAUGUGCUUGGUGAUUUUCAAGCACUCGUAAAUGCAGCUUGCAGACACUGUUUAACUCGCAUGACUACAAAGGAUGAUGGCCAGGCAGAGGAACUUCCCAGCUGUGGUGCUGAUGUGGAGAAUAAAACAGAUGUGCCGCUGGUAUACGCUGACCUUCUCAAAGCCCUUGGUGAGUUACAGUCAGUUCGUAGUGAAGCUUUGGGAGCACCACGUAUUCCACAAGUACGAUGGAAGGAAGUGGGAGGCUUAGAGGAAGCUAAACGUCAAGUUGUCAACACUAUACAGCUGCCUCUUCGCCAUCCCUCUCUUGUGUCCAGCAGACUCCGGCGUUCAGGAGUGCUGUUGUAUGGACCACCUGGAACAGGCAAAACACUCUUGGCUAAAGCUGUGGCUACUGAAUGUGGACUAAACUUCAUGUCAGUAAAAGGUCCAGAGCUACUUAACAUGUAUGUCGGACAGAGUGAGGAAAAUGUGCGUCAAGUGUUUAGUCGAGCCCGGGCUGCUUCUCCCUGUGUCAUUUUCUUUGAUGAGUUGGACUCUUUAGCUCCCAACCGUGGACGUUCAGGUGACUCAGGUGGAGUAAUGGACAGGAUAGUGUCAGCUUUGUUAGCAGAGUUGGAUGGUGUAGCAAGUAUAGCUGACGUAUUCGUUUUGGCGGCUACAAAUCGGCCAGAUCUUAUUGACCCUGCUCUUCUCCGCCCUGGAAGAUUUGAGAAGCUUGUGUUCCUGGGAGUGUGUGAUGACCGUGCUGGCCAGAUAAAAAUUUUAAAAGCUGUUACAUCUAAGAUACCACUGGAUUCUAGUGUGUCACUGGAACAGAUUGCAGACUUGCUGCCAUUGACACUCACUGGUGCUGACCUCUAUGCCUUGUGUACUGAUGCCCUUUAUGCUGCACUUCAUCGAACCACUGGCCAGAUAGUAGCAGGUGUUGUGCAAGAAGAAGCUGCUAGUAUUGUGGUUGAGGAGGAAGACUUCCAUAUUGCAGCAGAAAACUUGGUCCCAUCAGUCACUCCUGGAGAACUUGCUCACUACCGUGCCUUGAACACUUCUACCCAGCGGAGAUGAGGAAACUCUUAUUGAUGCACGAGUUAAUGAGUGAGGAAAUAUAAUACGGUUAAAAGGUUUUAUUAUCUGGUACAAAUGUGAUCUAAUCAGUGCCAGAUAUGAAUUUAUUAAGCCACAAACAGAAGUAGAUCCCCUAGAUAUUUUAGUGGAUUUUUUCUGCUCUACUUAUAUACCUAUAGUAACAUUUCUGAAAAAUAAUAAAUGUAGUAAAAAUACAUAAACUGCAAAAAAAUUAAUUAUUUUUCACAAAUUUAUUCAAUUUAGUGUACAUGUGAAAGCAUGGGGGAUACUGAAUAUUCCAUGUACAAAAGCCAUCUGGUUGAUUAAUAAUUGGUUAAUAAAACAUUUGUUUUAUAUAUAUUACACAUGGAGAGUGUGGUGUUUGUCUGACUUUCAGAUAAAGACUAUUGCACUUUAUUUCUGCAUCAUCCUUUUCUCAAGGUUAAUCCUAAAUAAAGUAUUUAUCUGAAGUGUUAGUGUCCCAUGAAUUGUAAAUAAUAAAACUCUACCCCUUUA